GACAGAGAGAGCGAGAGCAGGGGCGGGAUCGCCCGAGGUCCGAGUCCAGUACAGCCGGCGCCUCCCCAGCCUGCGGACUGAGUGCCGGAGCUUUCAAUCGGACCGGGCCGAGUUUUCCAGGAUACGGCGAAGAACCCGAGGGAGGGGAGAGCACAAGGCAGGUUUGACCACUGCAAGCUUCUGUGAAAGAAGAAGAUGGAGUUUGCCAGCAGCCACUUCUACAUUCGAAGUCCAGCUGACACGAAUCACACCAAGCAGCCCGGUGGAAUUUGCCCCUCGGGGUCCGAGAGCAGUGAUGGGAUUGGGCAGGGACUUCCCGUCUACGACCCCGUGGCGACCUGCGGCCCAGCCCCAGAAGGACAACAGCCGGUAACCUCUCCACUCUACGACCAGGUGUAUGAGCCUUGCCGGCUGAAUCCAUGGGUGUGUGAAGGAGGUGUCGGGGGCGGCGACCCUAUCUACCUCAACAGCAACUCCAUGCCUGUGGUCACUCCUUCCGCACCUGCCGCCGAAAGCGGAUUGGGGCUCAGCCCACACACUGGGGGCAAGGACUGCAGCAGUGUUGCUGAAAGUAGGAAGGCUUCAGACCCCCAAGCUGGGCAGCAUUUCUCCGACACACCACCAGUGCCUCCACCCAGACUUCCCCGGCACAGGAUAGCCCAAGGUGUGCCGCCUCCCCUCCCGCCCAGGCCUCCCAACAUGAAGAAGGCGGCUGAGUACCUGGAGGUGCUGGAGUCGAGCCCUGGCCCGUGGACCGCCCCAGGAGCCAGGCCCCCGGCGUCCGCACCCCCUCUGCCAGAUAGACCAGCUCUGACUCCCAAAGCCCAGGAGUUAACUGAGAAUACCAAUGUGGUGCUGGUGAAUUUGGGAAAACUGGUCGACAUCAAGGAUGUGAAAGGACAGCAGGGAUCUCCGACCUACUGCCUGAACUGCUCAGCUGCCACGUCCUCUUGCAGCAGCCUACAGGAGCACCACGCCACGAUAUGGAAAUGUGAAUUCUGCAACCAUAGCAAUGUCAUGGAUUAUCGGUUUAGCAAAGACACGUGCAGCGAUGACCAGCUGUAUAUUCACAUCCCAGACCCGGUGAUCUCCACGGAUAGCGAUGAUCCGGUGGUUGUGUUCUGCGUGGACAUCUCUGGCAGUAUGAGUGUGACGUUCGAGCAGGUGACUGGAAAGAGCAACAACAAAUCCCUCUACAUAUCCAGGUUACAGGCUGUCCAAGAGGCAGUGAACCAGUCACUCGACUAUCUGUUUGAAACGUCACCCAGGACAAGAGUUGCUUUGGUUACUUUCAACAAUGAGGUAACAAUCUAUGGGGACGGGCUGGGCACUCCGCGGACCCUGGAGGACUUUGAAUUAAUCGAUCAGGAGUACCUGAAGACGAAGGGGGCCGAGGAGGCCCUGCCACAGUGUAUCUCGGACAGCAGAGAUGCUCUCCGUCGCAGGGUGCAGCUAUUGCAGGAAUGUGGUUCCACUGCACUCGGCCCAGCUGCACUCGUAUCCAUAGCGAUGGCCUCGCGGAAAUCGGGUUCAAAGGUUAUAAUCUGUACAGACGGCCGAGCAAACACCAUCCUGGGCAACCUGGAGGAUAUUAAGGAAGAUCUGAUUUAUCAAAGCUCCAAACGGUUCUACAGUCACCUUGCUGAAUACGCAGUGAAGCAGGGGGUGAUCAUCUCGGUGUUGACAAUCAAGGGCACAGAUUGCAGGUUACCCGAGCUGGGACAGCUGGCUGACAAAACAGGAGGAAAGGUGAACAUCACCAAUCCAGCCAGUUUAUACAACGAAUUUGAGCUCAUUUUAGAAGACGAUGUCAUUGCCACGAAUGUCACUAUCACCUUCUUCGCUGACGCUGGCCUGUAUUUUAAGUAUGAAGACAACAUCAGCAACAAAUACGUGAAAGAAAUUGGGAAUGUGGUCAAAGAUAUGGCCAUCACCUUUGAGUUUGGAAUCAAAGACAUGGAGCGAGAGGAACUUCUGAAGAAAACUGCACUCCCCUUCCAACUUCAGCUGGGCUUUGCACUCCCAGACGGACGCCAUGUCUACAGGAUCGUUACUCAGGAAAAGCCUAUGACCAGCCACAGUGCCGUUGUUAAGGAGAGCAUAAACCUCAGCGUUCUCCAGAUUCACGCUGCACAGACCAGUGCCCGCCUGGCCAUGGAUGGCAGGAUGCAGGAUGCGCAGGAGACCGCCUUCACCCAGAAGGAACUGAUGGAAGACGUUCUGUCCCGAAGGAACGACGUGGAGCAGGAGGCGAUCUAUGAAAGUUGGGUGCAGUCCAUGAGCCCUAUUUACAGUGGUCUCAACCACCUCCAGCAGGAUAACGCGGCAACACAUCCCGUGUAUGAAGCAGUGCGCACCAAGGGAGACAGAGACUCAGUCGUUAAGUCUCUUACCGAUGAUGUUGCCAAUGUGGUUUAUCGGCUGAAGAAUGCAAAAAAGAAAAUGUUCAAGAAACCAAAGUUCCUGGUACCCCUCUGACACUUGCGGAUAGUUUGCCAGGACUGAACACUGCAGCAGUCUGAGAAAACCAGUCAAGCCUUUCCCUCCCACAGUCAGGGAGAGGCAGUAUAUUCUAGCUGCGUCUGAUUCCAAAAUUAUUCUACGUUAUACCAGUGAGCGUCUGGUACCAAACGGGCUAAAACAGCGUCCAUAAAAUCCAGACAAGUUUCCAGUUUCCCAUCAUCUCCCCUGUGCUGGAAACUACGGGAUAAAGAACAACAACUGUCAGACUCGACAUGACCUGGCUGAACUGAGGCAGGAAGUCAUGGACUUGAGAGUCAUCUCAGGACUUGAUCUCACAAUGUUUGCGGAGCUGGGAGAAUUUGUUCUGCUGUACUGUUGAACAUUAAAUGGGAUUAUGUAGGUGGAUAGGGUGGGGUGUGGACCGCGUGGGGCUAAGGGCCUGUUUCUUUUCUCUAUGACUGUGUCUCCUUGAUGUGGGUUUGGCUGUUGAGCUGUAGGUUAAAGAUUCCUUGUCAAUAUUCUUCAGUGUCAGGACUUUCCUCCGUAUCACCAGCAUCAAUAGUUCAUUCACCUUGCUGCCUUGAGACAGUCGUUCAACUGAUUGUACCGGUACUGAUUAAUUGUCCCUGAGUUUCAGGGGACUGGGGGACAGUGGAUGCUACUUAACUACAAGUCUAUCCAGUGGAGAGUCUGGAUUAUAUACAACAAUAAAGCGAUGUCCAGCUGCCAGUACUCACUAUUUGAGUGGUGGGUCCUUCCUCCUUAUCAAGGGGGAGAUGCUUCACAGACUACAAAAAUAUUUCAAACACAGAUACAAUUCUUACAAAUAUAAAAAGAACAUAUGAACAAUUUGAAUACAAAUGAAUUGUCCAACACAGAAACUGAAGGUUGAAUGAAUUCUAGUUCUUCUGUCUUUCUGUUGUUCUCCUUGUCAUUCCCAACAAUCCCCAAUGCUUUCUAAUAUUUAUACUGUUUUGGCAUUAUUUG